AUGGAUCACUCUAGAAGGACCAUCUUUGUUCUUGACGGGCUUGGUACUUCAGCUGCGCUCACCUCCCAGACAGUCCAGGUUGCUCUCCGAGAUGCACAGUCGCCGCUAGGACAUGUCGUCCUGUUGUCCUGUCACGCCGCUCUUUUACAGGAGUUCUCCUCCUUGUCAGCAGACGAAAUGAAAGAUACUGGUGUCGACAUUCAAUGCUUACAGAAUCCUCUCGCUGUUCUUGACGUACCUCCUAGCCUUCGCACGAACACCCUAGUGGCAAUCGUCAACUUGUACUUGACGCAGAUACUCAGGUUUCUGGCACAUACAGAGGCCGGACACCUCGACGCAAGAACAUGUGGUUAUGAUAAUCAGUAUGAGGUACUGGGCUUCUCGACUGGGCUUCUCGCCGCCGCCGUCAUAACUACGUCGACAGACAUUCCUACCCUGAUCUUUCGAGCAGUGGAAGCCCUCAGACUUGGGUUCUGGCUUGGUUUUCACUCACAACGCUUUACAUCUGCAGCGAUAAAAUAUCUUUCUGCCUCCUCCGAUUCUUCCCCAUGGAGUCUGUUGACUUUCGGCUCUUCACGCGAAGAAAUGCGUGAGGCCAUUGAUCGAUACAACGCAGAACAUAGAAACGAUGCGGAUGUGUUUCUCACUGCCGUUACCAACCCUAUCUGCGUCACUAUCUCAGGCAGACCGGAUGCUCUUUGCCGGUUUAGAAGGCAAUAUUUACCAGAGACAGCGAUGUCGUCCCAAUUCGUCCCGAUCCAUGCUCUGUAUCAUGCUGGGAUACUGGAGCAAGUCAAGGCUGACGUGAUGCGCGAUGUUGCGCGACGCAAUGUCAAUUUCCCAGACUACGAGGAUCUCCGACAUACACUUCGUUCAUCACUAGACGGCAAGCUGCUCGAUCGCACACUGCCUUCGGCUGAAAACAGCCUUGCAGAAGCCGUAGUGAACAUGAUUCUACUCUAUCCAGUUAAUUUUGACGUGGUCGUGGACACGUUGCGUUCGGAGUGCGCUGCCGCAAAUACGCUGAUCCAACUUGUCAACCUCGGGCCUGAUGCUGGACUCUGGCGCAGUGUUGCUCGUGGCUUGCAGGGUCUGCAAGUCUCCCUUACAGAUCAGUCGUGCUCUGCUGCAGCGCAAACACCAUCUUGUCGUGCGAUGCGGGAGCAGGAACCAAUUGCGAUCGUGGGUAUGGCCGUCAAAUUUUCUGGAGCAGGAGAUGUCGACCAACUCUGGAACCUGCUAGAGAAGGGACUGAACACGGUAUCCGAGAUCCCAACUGAUAGAUUCGAUGUCGAGAAGUACACUGAGAAACCGCCUGGCCUAGGUCGAAGCAUGAGGACGAAGUAUGGCAACUUUCUGCCGGACGCGGAUGUCUUCGACAAUAGUUUCUUCCGCAUCUCGCCUCGUGAGGCACGGAGCAUGGAUCCUCAGCAGCGAACUCUCCUGCACGUCGCGUACCACGCGCUAGAAGAUGCGGGUUACGUGCCAGAUGCGACCUCCACCCACAAUCCCGACACUUUUGGCUGCUAUGUUGGAGCUGCCACAAAUGACUAUGUCCAGAAUCUGCGAAAUGACGUAGAUGUGUAUUACAGCACUGGUACCCUUCAGGCAUUUCUAAGCGGCAAAAUCUCAUACGCCUUCGGUUUUGGGGGUCCUUCUACAGUCGUCGACACUGCCUGCUCGUCGUCCAUGGUCGCGAUAUACCAAGCAUGCCGCGCAUUGACUGUUGGAGACUGUCGUGCCGCCCUCGCAGGUGGCGUGAAUGUCAUCUCAAGCCCAGAUAUGUACAUGGGCUUAGAUAGAGCGCAUUUCCUCAGCCCAACAGGCCAAUGCCGCCCAUGGGAUGCCUCUGCCGACGGCUAUUGUCGCGCGGAAGGGUGUGGGAUGUUCGUCUUGAAGCGUCUCUCAGACGCGGUAGCGGAGAACGAUCGCAUUCUGGGCGUCAUUCGAGGCAUCGAGGUGAACCAGUCCGGGAAGGCCGACUCGAUCACGCACCCACACACUGAUACGCAGAUGCGGUUGUAUGAGCAGCUGCUGACGUCCACCGGCAUUUGCCCGCACGAAGUCAGUGUCAUCGAAGCGCAUGGCACUGGGACUCAGGCAGGAGACCCGAAGGAGCUCGAGGGUCUGCGACGCGUCUUUGCUGCAUAUAGAACUUCUGACAAUCCCCUCCACAUCACCUCUGUGAAGGCGAAUAUAGGACACGCGGAGGCCGCGUCCGGGGCGGCAAGUCUUGCGAAGCUGGUCUUGAUGAUGCACAAUCGCACUAUUCCGGCCACGAUCUCGUUCAAGCAGCUAAAUCCUCGUAUCCCCGACUUGUCGACCGACAACAUCCGUAUCGAUACUGUGCCUGUCUCAUGGGAUGUUCCCGAUGGACAGAGGCGGCUCGCGAUUCUCAAUAAUUUCGGUGCGGCCGGCUCUAAUAGUGCUCUCAUCCUUGAGGAGCCACCAGUGCAGAUGCCGCCGAGCUCAGGUUCACCUCCCACAACUAUCUUCAUUGGCUUAUCCUGCGAAAGUGAAGACGCGGCAAAGCAACUCCGCGAUACAUAUGUUCGCGAGCUGAGCGAUCGCGUCCAUGAUCAGUCCGCGCUCGUAGAUUUCGCAUACACUGCUACUGCUCGCCGCCAACUCCAUAGCUAUCGCAUCUCUGCUUACGGCUCGACGCCGGAAGAAGUCUGCGCUAGACUGCACGAUGCGCCUGUAAUCCGGGCGGAAAGUCAGCCGCAGAAAGUAGGCUUCGUGUUCUCUGGCCAGGGCGGACAGUAUCUCGGGAUGGGAUCUGGGCUUUACGACAAUGUGCCAGCCUUCCGACGAGUGGUGGAUGAAUGCCAUCACAAACUGCUUUCGUGGGGAUUUCCUGGCAUUCUCGACGUCAUUCGGCCGAUGCCGGCGAGCGCAUCGGAUUCCGCGGGUAUUGACGACCUCGAGAUGAUGCAGACGUCCACCUUCGUACUUGAAUGUGCCUUGGCCUCGUUAUGGACAUCUUGGGGACUUAUCCCUGACGUCGUCGUGGGACAUAGUUUAGGAGAGUACGCUGCUCUUGUAUGCGCGAAGGUGCUAUCGCUGGAUGACGCCCUCUGGUUGGUCGCCGAACGCGCCAGGCUCAUGAAGACGAAAUGCAUGGAGCAGCAGUCCGGGAUGCUCGCCCUAAGGAUAAGCUCAAAGGAGGCCAUGAGGAUUAUGACAGAGAGAUUCGCCUCUCAGGAACUGUCCAUUGCAUGCAACAAUAGUGACACAGACUGUGUUGUUGCGGGCGCAAGUCAAAGUCUCGACGCUUUCCAAGAAUAUUGUAAACAAUGCGGCCAUCGAGCCAUCCGCCUCAGCGUUCCUCUUGCAUAUCACAGUCCAGCAAUGGAUCCUAUUCUCGAAGACCUGCUCAAACUAGGACGCCGGGUGAAAUUGUCACCGCCAUCUGUCCCGUUCUUGUCCACCCUUCAUGGCGUUGUGAUCGGCUAUGAGUCAGGAUUCGCGAUUACCCAUGACUAUUUUGCUCGGCACUGCAGGCAGCCCGUCUUGUUUCAGGAAGCUGUGCAGGCCAUUUCUGGAGAUGCCCAUAGCAUACGUACUUGGAUUGAGAUCGGCCCCCAUCCUAUCACGCUGCCAUUGGUCCAGUUAUCCAUCGACUUGCGACAAACGCAUCUCCUGCCGUCCCUGCGCAGAAAUGUGUCAGACUACCAAUCGCUGAGUACGGCCUUGUCCAGAAUCUAUUUGCUCCGAACGACUAUCUCCUGGCGCAAGGUCUUCUCCGAUCUCGCACCAUCUGCGAAGCUCCGGGACUUACCGCGCUAUCCCUUUGCGCAAACCCGUUUCUGGGUUGCUUACGAGGAUGAACAUCUCACUGCUGUCGCUGCAGAUAGUGUCCCCGUCACAUUAGCUGCCGCGCUGAAAUCUGCAUCGACGUCCACUUGUGAAGACGACAAGAUCCAGAUCGACUUGAAAUGCCUCGAUGAGCUCAUACGAGGGCAUGAAGUCGCCGGCGUCGCCCUUUGUCCAGCCUCCGUCUACCAUGAACUCGCCUUUUCUGCGGUGCGCCUAUCUCUAGUCAACACAGGCCGACUGGAUGACAAGUCUGCGCUGGAGCUCGAAGGCGUCAUAUAUGAAAAUGCGCUUGUUUAUGCGCCAACAGCAAAGCAGACGAUCUCUAUCGUAACCGCACAGACAAAGGAUCCGGAGGGGUCAACCUGGUCAUUCAACAUCAUUUCUUCGGACAUCGACGCUGACACGUCGUACCUCUCUCAUUGUAGCGGGAGAUUGAAUAUUCGGUCCCUUGCAGAGGCUUGUUCGAAAUUAUCCACAAUGCAGGAGCUCGUCGAGCGACGGAAACCCUCUUUGAGGAUCGGGAGUCGCGGCACCCAGACAUUCUACACGCAAGGUGUCUACAAUGGCAAGUUCUCGAGAGUUGUGAAAUACUCUGAAUCCUACCGUGCGAUUAAGGUCGUAACCGUUCGUGCAGACGGGGUUGACGCCUAUGCCAUCAUCCAAGCACCCCCGCCGCCCACUAAGGGAUCAUAUGUGAUCCAUCCUAUCUUCAUGGAUACUCUCUUGCACGCGGCUGGCUUCCUCUUGAGCUGUAAUGCCGAAGAUGACGCAUUCAUCUGCAGUCAAGUUGACAAAAUCCUUGUCCUACCAGAGUCCAUCAGCCCAUCCGGAAUGUACGGCGUCUAUUCCCAUAUCGGCUUCAUGUCUGACGAUCUUGCAACUGCCGACGUGGUCGCUGUUGCUCUUGAUGGGACGGAAGGGCAAGCUGUCGCCUACAUGAAGGGAGUUCGAUUCCGGCGAUUGAAGCUUAACAUUUUAGGCCGCAUCCUGCGCGCAAAUGCUCCGCCUGCCUCUCAACCUACACGUUUGUCACCACAUACUCGACCACAAGGCGACUCUUUCGCAGAUCACAGCGCUCAGGAAUCCCUUCCACUUUCUCCGCGGCACUCGCUGGAUAAGGUCAAGGAGGUGUUAUCGUCAGUCCUUGGCAUACCAUCACAAAGCUUGGAAGAAGACAAAGACCUUUCUCGUCUGGGACUUGACUCACUGACCACUAUUGAAGCUCGAUAUGCACUCAGGUCGGCGUUGUUUGUAGACGUCCCCACGGACGUAUUUGUUCGCUGCAAGACCAUACGACAGUUGACUCAAGCUCUGGCAGACCGCUCUCCCUUGGCUGAACCUAAAGCCGAAGUUCGUGAACAGUCUACAAAUAAUAGCCUGGUCCUCGAUCUGGGACAAAAUCCACAGCUGCUUCAAGACCACGGCAUGGCCGGUGCAGCCCCUCUAAUCCUGAUUCAUGACGGCAGCGGUCUGAUACAGCUGUAUCAGCGCCUCCGAGGUCUAGGACGGCGAGUAUGGGGCAUCUACAAUCCAGCAGUGGCCUCAGGAACACAGUGGCAGCACGGGCUGCUUGAGAUGGCCGCACACUAUGUCAGCCUGAUUGAGCGCGCGGUCGGUGAUGGCUCGUGCAUUAUUGGAGGAUGGUCAUUCGGUGGUGUCGUGGCGUUUGAAGUGGCUCGUCGGCUUCUAGCGAAGGGCAUAGAUGUAAAAGGGCUUGUCCUGAUCGACACUCCUUCCCCACUUGUCCAAUGUGCUCUGCCGGACACCAUCAUCGACGCCGUGUUGGGCGCACGACACCACGCCACAAAGGCAUUAGACGUCGUCCGGGAGCAGAUGCGAUAUGCUAGCAGGGCCCUUCAAGAGUACGACCCGACGCAGUCCCAAGGCAACCACACCAGUCCACUCAAUGCUGUCAUACUGCGAGCCAGAGAUGCAUAUCCGCUGAGCGAGGAAGAACGUCGCACGGCCUCUUUCCUCGCGGACAGAGCAGAUCCCGCAGCGGUUGCGCAUCGUUGGGAGGAGCUAUUGGGCGCUGUGGUCCCCGUACUCGACAUUCCAGGCAAUCAUUUCACGCCCUUCGAGCCUGAGAACGUGAGUGUUGUCAUCUUUGCCGAAAUGUGUGAGUUUGCUGACACAACAUCAGGUUGA